AUGAUGUUUUCGUCUGCAGGCAAGCGCUGCUUCACGAUAGAGUCUCUGGUCGCUAAAGAGAACCCUCUAACGGCAGAGGAUCCCAUCCGCCCGACGGCUUUAAGUUACUCCAACCCGACGACAGAUGCCUUAAUGAACAGUUACCAGGCUCCACCACCGGCCAGGUCCCUCUACCAGAGCCCGGACCUGGUGUUCCCGGAGACGAUGAACCACCCCUCACUCACCGUGGCUCCUCACCAGCUCGGAGGAUCCCACCUACAGCAUCCGCACUUCUUUGGGACGCAACACCGAGACCCGCUCAACUUUUACCCCUGGGUGUUACGGAACAGAUUUUUUGGACACAGAUUUCAAGGUAACGAUGUGUCCCAGGACAGCCUGCUCCUCCACGGCCCUUUCGCGAGAAAACCCAAACGCAUCCGGACGGCCUUCUCUCCCUCCCAGCUCCUCCGGCUGGAAAGAGCCUUCGAGAAGAACCACUAUGUGGUCGGAGCCGAGAGGAAACAACUGGCCAACAGCCUGAGUUUAUCUGAAACGCAGGUGAAGGUGUGGUUCCAGAACAGGAGGACCAAGUACAAGCGACAGAAGCUGGAGGAGGAGGGACCAGACAGCCAGCAGAAGAAGAAGGGGAACCACCACAUCAACAGAUGGCGCAUCGCCACUAAGCAGACCAGCUCCGAGGACAUUGACGUGACCUCAGAGGACUAA